AUGGCCCCAGGAGCGAAAAAACCACAACAAGGCCAACAAAAUGGACAGAAAAAGAAAGGAUAUAAUCCUUACAAUAAUAAAUUUAAAAAUCGAUUUUGGAAAAAGAAAAAAAAAGAUAAUGAAAAUUCCGAAAAACCGAAUGAUACAGGACCUCCUAAUCAAAAUAAUUCUCAUAUAGAGCUUUCAAGUUCAAUUAAAAUUGUACAAACACCCAUUACGACGUAUAUUGAUGUUGGUGAACGACCAGCACGCUAUCGUGGCUGGUCACUUUAUUUUCCUGAUACAGACAAAGAAUCUGAUCCAAGUUAUUUAUCCGUUUGUCAAUUAUUUGAAGAUUAUUUUAAACGAAUGAAAAAUCAAUAUGAUUUUUCUGAAAUCGAACAAAAACAAUCCUUUUCUAUUAACUAUCACGAAGUACUUGAAGACUCAGCUUUUCAAGAUAAAAAGCCAACUUGGAGUUUAUUCUUUUCUGAUCAAAACGAAACAACCAUGCGUGUCAUUGGAUUAGCCAUGCAUCAAUGUAUUAUUGAUGAACAAGAAGAAAAAGAUCGAGUAGCUGCUAGUGAAUGUCAGCAUCCAACAGUACCGCUUAUUGACCUUCCAAUAAUUCAUGCACGUUUAGUUAAUUUUACGCCAAUGAUUCGAUUAAAAGAUGUUAAAGCUCAAGCUUUUGGUAAAUUCGUAUCGAUUCGUGGUGUCGUUGUACGAGUAAGUAAUUCUCAAUGUUUGGUGAUUCGCCUUGCAUACGAAUGUUCAACAUGUCGACAAACAUUUGGUGUAACAUGUGAAAAUGGUAAACAUACAGAGCCAGAACGUUGUCCUACACCUGGUUGUAAUGGCCGAUCAUUUGUUCAACAACGUUCUCAUCCAUUAACAACCAUCAUCGAUUGGCAAACAAUACGACUGCAAGAAGUUGCUUCAGAAGCAUCACGAGCGCCUGGUCGUAUUCCUCAAACAAUUGAAUGUGAACUGACAAAUGACCUAGUUAAUAGUGCUAUUCCCGGCGAUGUUGUAGUUGUUUCUGGUGUCGUAAAGUUAAUGGUAGAUGAAAAUGGUGGUGGCGGUGGACGUAAACUAUCGGAUCAAUCGCUACUUCAAGUUUAUAUUGAUGUUAAUUCAGUUGUUAAUCAACGAUUAAAUACUUCUGAUCCAGCCUCAGGCGGUAGCAGUUUAAUGAAUACAAUGGACUUUUCUUUAUUUGAUUUAUAUGGUAUUCAACAAAUUCAACAGCAAAAAGAUGUUCUAAAACUUCUAGUUCAUUCACUUUGUCCAAGUAUAUAUGGACAUGAACUGGUAAAAGCAGCAUUAUUAAUGGCUUUAUUUGGUGGAUUAGUACGAGGCGAAGAUAGUGCCUCACAUAUUCCAAUACGUUCUGAUCCACAUAUAUUAAUUGUUGGUGAUCCAGGUCUUGGCAAAAGUCAAUUGCUACAUGGUUGUGUUAAUGUUGCACCACGAGGUGUAUAUGUCUGUGGUACAAGUUCGACUCAGUCUGGUCUUACAGUUACGUUACAUAAAGAUAAAGAUGGAGAAAUGAUGCUCGAUGCUGGCGCACUUGUUAUGGCUCAUCAAGGUUGCUGUUGUAUUGAUGAAUUCGAUAAAAUGGUAACUCAACAGCAAGUAUUACUUGAAGCUAUGGAGCAACAAUGUGUUUCUAUUGCGAAAGGUGGUAUUAUGGCUAGUAUACCAGCGCGAACUUGUGUUAUUGCUGCUGCAAAUCCAGUCGGUGGACAUUAUAAUAAGGCAAAAACAGUAUCGGAAAAUUUAAAAUUGAAAGGACCAAUUUUGAGUCGGUUCGAUCUUGUUUUUAUUCUUAUUGAUCGAGCUGACGAUGAACUUGACUAUCGUUUAUCUGAACAUGUUCUUGCUCAACAUAAUCGUUCAGCUCGUUCAUCACAUAAUAAUACAACAAUGAGUUUAAAUCGAACAGUGAACGAAGGUGCAGCUGCUGCAAAUGGCAACGGACGAAAACCUUCAUCGAAAACUGAUGAUGACAUUCCAUUGCGUGAAGAAUUACGUCUCAAACCUGGUGAGAUCAUUGAGCCAGUGGGUCCAAGUCUUUUACAAAAAUAUAUUGCUUAUGCACGUCGAUAUGUUAAACCUCGUCUUACACGACCAGCAAUUGAUAUUCUGAAAAAAUUUUACUUUCAUUUACGUAUUGCUCAUCAACGUAAUGGAACCACUCCCAUUACUUUACGCCAACUCGAAUCAUUAAUGCGUCUAACUGAAGCAAGUGAAUAUGACUGUCGAUAUUCAAUUCGUUUAGCUUUUUGA